GAAAGGUGACGCCGGCGAAAACAUGGUCGAACACGGGGAUAUCCGCGUGGUUCACCGAGGUGGCAGUAAAAUAGACUUCAGGGAGCCUGCCAUCACCAAUGAUUCGAGGUUCCUGCUGUGUGCCUCAGGAGAGUGUGUGAAGGUGUUCAGCACCUCCACGGAGGAGUGUAUACAUGACCUGCGGGGACACACCGACCUGGUGACAGGUGUGCUGCUCAGACCCUCCAACCAUCUGCAGGUCUACUCCUGCUCAGUAGAUGGCACUGUCAGACUUUGGGACUUCACAGAUGGCAUUCUUAUCAAGACUUAUGUCAUCGGAUGUCCUAUUUACUCCAUCUACGCAUCUGCAGACCAUGAAGGAGUCAUCUUUAUCGUUAUCCCCAUGCUUAGUGACAAAAGAUCUGAGUUGUUCCAGCUGGCUGCCGUGUCUCUGCCACAGAGUGGAGAUCAGCUGGUGGAGGCCCGAGAACUUUCUGCUGUGCUCAGCAAUGUCAGCUCCAACCCAGCAGCCAUCGCCUUUGGUCGAGGGGGGGAAUAUAUAGCUUCAGCUAAAGGUUUGCAGUUGGAAGUCUUCUUCUUCAAGAAGCAGAAGUCAUACAAGUUUUUCCUUAAAGAGGACAACAAGAAGGGAGGCCUGAACACAUUCACGUGCGUUGCCUGUCACCCGAAAAAUGACUGCAUUGCCACGGGACAUGAAGAUGGCAAGAUUCGCCUGUGGAGAAACUUUAACCAACAGAAGGAGUACACAUACUCCACCCUGCACUGGCACCACAACGCUGUGAGCUCACUGCGCUUCACUCCAGAAGGCACCAACCUGCUGAGUGGAGGUGUGGAGUCUGUGCUUGUCCAAUGGCGAUACAACCAAGAGAGUCAGCGGGACUUCCUGCCCCGCCUGGGUGCCGCAAUCACACACAUUGCUGUCUCACCUGAUGGAGCGCUGUUCUGUACCUCACACAGUGACAACAAGAUCACAAUCAUCCAGAGCUGUGUUAAAGUGUCAGCUGUCCUUCAAGGCCUGGUCAAAGGAGAAAGUGUCCGGACAGACUUGAUGGUGGACCCACGCAGCAAAGCUUUGGUGCUGAAUGGGAAACCAGGACACCUGCAGUUUUACUCCCUCCAAAGAGACAAACUGCUGUACAAUCUGGACAUAGUGCAGCAGGAGUACAUUCAUGAAUUGGGCCUGGAACAGUUUGAGGUUGUCAAAGCAGCAUUUGAUGCCUCUGGCACCUGGCUAGCCACAGUGGAAGAAAGAAAACAAAAAUCUGCUGAGCUGGAGAUUAACUUAAAACUGUGGGCAUUCGAUGAACAAACCCAGAGUUUUGUGCUGAACACGACCAUCUCAGCCCCCCACGAGGCCAGGAUUACAGCCAUGUGCUUUCGCCAAGCCACUGACAGCCAGACCACCAUGCUGGUCUCCACCAGCACGGACGGACAUUUCAAAGCCUGGCAGCUGGUCGCACCAGCCCACACAGAGGACGAAGGUCCCUCCUGGUCGUGUGAUUUUGUCGGAACCUAUCGCGGCCUGGUGCCUAAAUGCUGCUGUUUCUCAGCCGACAGCUCCCUGUUGGCCGUCAGCUUUCAGGAGGUGGUGACUGUGUGGAGCCCUACCUCCUGGGAGCUUCUGACAACUCUGUCCCAGCCACCAGGAGCCAUCAGGGAUCUUUGUUUUGGUCGACUAAGCUGUUCCAAGUAUCUGCUGGGGUUCACCACCAAGGAUCUACUUUGCUGUUGGAACCUCCUUACCUGCUCCUUGGAGUGGAGCACCUCCAUGGACAUCAGCCUGCUGCUGGCUGACCCCCUCUCUGAGAACAUGGCUGCCUUCUGCUGCCAAGCUGGAUGCACAGACUUGUUUGUGUUCAAGCCCAGCGAGCCUCGGCCAUUGUUUUCCCAGAAGGCCGUGUGCUCAGGCACUGUGACUCGCGCUGUGUUCGCCCCGAGGGAGAAGAUGUUGGAGAGCUGCGAAGAGAGCAGCCAGUGGCUGAACCGCUCUCAGCUUCACUUUCUCACACAGCACAUGGACCUCAUGACGUUCACCACCAAAGCAGAGGAUGACAGACUCAUGGCUUCCAGCAAACAGCUUGUGAUUGACGACAGCGUCGCCAUGACGCCGUUCUACCUGUUACUGGGAAAACACAGACAUCAGCAACAGGAAAGCCAAGACCCAGUGAGCAGCCUUUCUGCUGAGAGGACACCUUUACCACAGGGCUCUGUUGCUGUCAAGGAGCUUCUGCAGUCUCCAGCCCACGUCCUGCCCUCUACUUCUUUCCUCUGCUCCAUGUUCGUGCAGUCCCUGCUCAUCUCCAUCACAGACCCCAGGGAGGCCAAUAAAAAUGCAGAGGAGGAAAUGGAGAGUGAGAAAGAGGAAGAGGAUUCAGAGGAGGAAAUGGAAGCCAGCACCUCGAGGCCGGGGCAGGCGACAGUGAGUGGUCAGUCAGCAGAGUGUGCUGCCCCCACCCCUGCCCUCUCAAAAGCCCAGGCUAGAGAACUGAGGAGGGUGAAGAAACUUGACCGCAGCUGGCUGGCAGGCCUCCUGGACUUCUAGACAUGACUAUGCACAAAGAUAGACUCUCAUAAUAGGUUUUCACCAGCCACCAGGAAGUUUUCUAUUUUUUUUUUUUGCUUCAUGCAUCGUCUUCAAGUGGAUUCCUUCCGGAAAAGAAAAACAAAGUGCCCAAGUGGAAAGAAAUCUCUGUUCAAACACAAGAUAAAUAUUUGAAUGCAUAAGUCGUUGCUGCUUUGGUGGCCUCAAGUCAGUCAAUGUGGACACAUCUAUUGGUUUCACCCACUUGAACAAUAGACGUUUCUGCACAGUUUCUCUUGUUUAAAAGUGCGGAGUCUCUGUUGCAGGGAAAUUGUCCUUCACAAGCAGUUUUUUGGACUGUAUUAUGGUAUUAGGACUUGGCUACACCCGAAUAUUACUGUUCCUGUGAGUCUGUGUGUGCAUAUUUGCAGUUGUAGCCUUGUUAGAUAAUAAAUUCUUUCCAAACACGGUGUGCAGCAGUUUCCCUUUCUGCUGCACUAGAAGUUCAACGUGAGCUCAGUUCCUCAUUUGUUGUGUUUGACUAAUCACAAGUGAUGCUGUGGUCUGUCCACGUGCACACUAGAGCCCUGUUGCAAAUAUUCCUGCAGUGGCAACCCCUUGUGAGUCCGUAUCACUCCUUGCAAUUCUUCUCAAAUUGGUUUUGUCAAUAUGGAACCUUUUACUUGCUACCCUCUAAAGUCUGAGUUCCUGCUGCAGAGAAGCAUCCCCACCGUGCUCUGGGAACACAGUAUUUCUUUUGGCAUAAUAUGGCCCAGAAUUCCAUACUAAGCUUUCAGCGUAUUGUAACUCAAGUGGUCUGAGAGUAAACAAGACAUCUGCACCACCUCUUGACUGCGUUUUUACAAAAUCUGGCCUGUGAACAAAGUGUGAAGCGAUCAACGACCACAUGGUCAGAACCAUCAGGACACUUCCAAAUAUAUUGAAUUGUAUGCCACUGUUUGAUCAUCACUGUCCUAAAAAACAAAAAACGCAGCACCACAGAUGGUUUUGGGAUGCCAUCAUCAGGACAGUAAAUACUUCUGCCAUCAUUUAUUGUUUUCAGAUUUGUAUAGAUUGGUUGGUGUUGCUUGUAUAUCGAAGUAUUUUUGGUAGCUAUUGAUACGUGUUAAAAAAGCAUCCACAGUGAGUCAGUUUCCACACAAGGGCCAAUGGCAGGAUGGAAAACUUUUAUACAUACCUUGUUUUUCUACACACUGAAGUUUAAUAAAAAAAAAAAAAAUUAAAGGUUUUCUUCAAGCUACCAACUU